AUGGCUCGAGGGGGAGGUGGGGAUGCCACCGGAGGUGUAAGGGAUGCUUGCAGAGGAGAACCUCCUAGUGGUGGUGGUGGUGGCAGCGAAGAUAAAACUGGAGGGGGUGAUGCUGGCGGAGGGGCAGAUGGUGGGGGUCAUGCUGGUGGCGAUGGCGGUGGUGAAGUUGAUGGUGGGGUUGAAGUUGGCGGAGAAGGUGGCGGUGAGGUUGGAGGUUGUGUUAGUAUCGGUGGGGGUGAAGCUGGCGGGGAUGGAGGAGCAGCAGGGACUGCCGGUGGAGGAGACUGA